UGAUGUUCUCUGACCAGUCGGUUGAUAGUCGAUGGGUUACAAGCAGUAUCUCUUAAUACACAAUAACUAAGGUAUUGAGGCAGUUGAAUGAUGAUGCAUCAUCAUAUUAUAUCUAAUUUGUUUACUUUUUCUUUUGUCAGGACCUGUUCAAAUCAACUUUGAAUUAUAUGCAGUCGGCUUUGGAUGAGGCAUAUCUGAACAGGACGGAUAUCCAUGAGAUUGUUAUGGUCGGAGAAUCAAGUGAGAUACCCAAGAUUCAACAACUGGUGAAGGAGUUCCUUGAUGGGAAGGAACCAAACAGAGGCAUCAACCCUGAAGAAGUUGUAGCUUACGGAGCCGCUGUUCAUGGAAGAGUCAUGGCUGAGGAUGGCGACAACGACAUCAUACUCUGCGACUCCAGCCCAUUGAGUCUCGGAAUUGAAACCAUUGGCGGCGUCAUGGCAAAGGUCAUCGGGCGUAACUCAUUUAUUCCCACCAGGAGAACAGAGCAGUUUACAACAACAGAACACGACCAGGAUGAAGUGACAAUUCGGGUCUAUGAAGGCGAGAGGGCCAUGACAAAGAACAACCUUUUCUUGGGACAAUUUGACCUUACAGGUAUUCAGCCUGCGCCUAGAGGGGUCCCUCUGAUUAAUGUUACCAUUGAAAUAGACGUGAACGGUAUUGUGUACGUAACAGCUGAAGAAAUAGGAACUGGAAAUAAGAACAACAUUGUCAUUAAGUAUGACGUAGCGGAGAGGCCUUCUCCUGAAUAUUUGGAGAAGAUGAUUCAGGAUGCUGAAGAGUUUGCUGAUGAGGACAAGGAGAUGAUGGGGAAGACGGAAGCCGAACUCAGAGCUGGGGAUAAACGGACAAGCAGGAAGGCUGUGAGAAGGAAACCCAUCUUACCAGGUGACCCGGAGAUCGUGUCCCGUGAUGAGCUCUGAGGGAAGAAUCGGAACAGGAAGAUGAGACAAUAAUACUGGAAACUAAAGACACAUGGAUGUCGUGCGGAUGGAACCACUGCAUCUUAUAAUAUCGGACAACUGAGAGAAUGUUUAACGUGAAGAGAUUUAAAUAUCUUUGGAACUGAAUCAAUAUGGAACUGGUAGGGAUAUAGUGUGUAUUGCCUGUUGGUAUAUGUGUCUGUGCGUGUAUGUGUGUCUGUGUAUCUCCCGCUGUGUGUCUGUUGUGUGUGUGCGUGUAUGUGUGUCUGUGUAUCUCCCGCUGUGUCUGUUGUGUGUAUGUGUGUCUUUGUAUCUCCCGCUGUGUGUCUGUCGUGUGCGUGUAUGUGUGUCUGUGUAUCUCCUGUUGUGUGUUUGUUCUGUGUGUGUGCGCGCAUCCCUUCAUUUAAACUGUGAACUGAUGAAAUGUUUCACAUGUCCUGGCUUUAUAUAGAAUAUAUUGUUUGCUGAGACGACGCAUAAUUUAGUGGACCACCACACAAGAAAUAAUCAUUGAUAAGUAAUGAAUCAAGUAAUGAAUGAAAUUGUGACAUAAUGAAAGAAGGAAUAAUUUAAUUAAUGACUGAAGUAAUGACGUAAUGAAUCAAGUAAUCAAAGACGUAAUGAAUAAGAUAAUGAAGAGUAAAGAAGUAAUGAAAGAAUGAAAGAUGAAAUGAAAGAAUAAAGGCAGUAAUGAAUGAAUGGAUGGAUGAGUCAUGUUUAUCUAAACAUAUAAUUAAGUAACAAAGCGCAACAUACACACAAACACAUGCAUAUAUACAAUAUGGGAAUUGUUAGGUUUUUUUUAAUGAAAGUGUUAUCAGUUGUUCAAGCAUGCACAUAAUAUAUUUUUAUGUUUUUAUCAAUGAAUGAAUGGAGUAAAGAAAUAAUGGAUGAAUGAAUGAAGUAAAGAAGUAAUGAAUGAAGUAAGGAGUAAUUGAUGCAUGAGGUAAAGAAGUCACAAAAAGAUGUAAUGAAUGAAUGAAGUAAAGAAGUAAUAAAUGAAUGGAUGAAAGUAGUAAUGAAUGAAUGAAGUUGAGUAUGACGUCAUACUGAAUGAAUGAAGUAAAGAAGUACUGAAGGAAUGAAUAAAUGAAGUAGAGAAGUAAUGAAUGAAUGAAAUUACGUAGUAAUGAAUCAAGGUCUACCCUUCGAUUGCAUGCAUGUGUACAUAGAUGAAUUCCCUACCUGCAACUGUAAGACCAGAAUUGGAAGAUGAGACAGUAGUGCUGGAAAGUAAAGACACAUGGAUGUCGUGCGGAAGGACACACUUCAACUUAUACUAUAAGACACCUCUGAGAACGUUUAACGUGAAGAGAUUUAAAUAUCUUUGGAAUUGAAUUCAUAGGGUAGGGAAUGAGUGUGGAAUUGCUUGUGGGUCUAUGUGUCUGUACGUGUGUAUGUGUGUCAGUGUAUGGACAUCUCCCUUCGUUUUAAACUGUGAAGAAAUGAAAUGUUUCACAUGUCCUGGCUUUGUACAGAAUACAUUGUGUUUGCUGAGACGACGCUUAAUUUAGUGAACGAGUCUGAUGGGUUCUAGCAUCUAGCCUUACGCCAAAUAUGAAAUAAUUAAGUAAUGAAUGAAGUAAUGAAUGACGUAAUGAAUGAAGUAAUCAAGUACAGAAUAGAGUAAAAAGUAAUGAAAGAAUGAAUGAUGAAUGAAGUAAAGAAGUAAUGAAUGAAUAGAUGGAUGUAUGUAUGGAUAAGUCAUGUUUAUGUAAUUAUAUGAUUACGUAGCAACAUACUCAACAUACACACACGCAUAUGCAUUAUACAAUAUGGGAAGUGUAAGUAGUUUUAAUGAAAAUGUUAUUAGUUUUUUAAGUAUGCACAUGUAUUUUUAUGUUUUUAUUAGUAAAAUGAAUAUAGUACAAUUGUAAUGAAUGCAUGAUAUAAAGAAGGUAUGAACGAAGUAAUGAAUGGAGCAAAGAAGUAAUGGAUGAAUAAAUGAAGUAAAGAAUGAAUAUGUGAAUGAACGAAUGCUGUAAAAAAGUAAUAAAUGGAUGAAGGAAGAUGUAAAUAUUAAAUUAUGAAGCAAAGAAGUAAUGAAUGAGUGUAUACCAUUCAGGUCCGAAUACCUGCCUGUCUAAUAGAAGUUGCCACGUGAUGUACCUGCAACUGUAAAACCAGCGUAAAACCUCGUUCAGUCCAUUCCAUAAAGCUGCGAAAUAUACAUGAAGUUGUACAAUACUCCAGUUGAUCUUGCUAUGUCAUGUACUUUCAUCGGUCCGUUCUGUGGUGUGCAAUCCUCUGUUGUAUAUGUGACCUGGUAAUUUGUAUCAGUUGCAGGUGAAGCAGGGCGUGAAGUCAUCCCACAGAAGAGAUCAUAACCUUGUCAGUAUGCUGACUGGGUAUACAUUUGUGAUAUGAUACAUUUGUCUUAACUGUCCUAUUUUCUGAUAAAGUUCACGAUUAGUGGUUAGCUAAAUGGUGUUCUGUUGUUGAUAUCAUCAGGUUGAUUACAAAGCUAGCAUUGUCUUUAUGUACAACCACAUACUGACAAGAGGGCACACGCAUACGCACACGCACACACGUCCUUGUGAAAGUGCUUUAAGUUUAAGAUCAACCUCUCUCCGACUCUCCCUACCCCUCUCAACCCCCCAUCCCCAAUAUCCACCCACACCCCGAUAUCUCUGAUGAUGCCCAAAAGCAAACACACUACGCCAUAAGAAUAAUAGAUGUCUGUAUGUCGUACGUACAUACUACCAAGCUGCUUGUGAGCGUGUGUAAAUUAUCGUUGUCUGUAGUUUAUCUUAUGACAGAAGUUAUUGUUCACGGUUUGUCCACACAUUGAGUUAUU